GGUCCCACUGAGCGAGGCCCGCGGGCCGGGUGGGGGGCUGGCUGCGGCACUCCCGCGGAGGAUGGAUGGCCGAGACUUCGGGCCCCCGCGGUCCGUGCACGGCCCCCCGCCGCCGCUGCUGUCCGGCCUGGCUAUGGACAGCCACCGCGUGGGCACCGCUGCGGCCGGACGCCUGCCCGCUUCUGGCUUGCCCGGCCCGCUGCCGCCCGGGAAGUACAUGGCCGGCCUCAAUCUCCACCCGCACCCGGGCGAGGCCUUCUUGGGCAGCUUUGUGGCCAGCGGGAUGGGGCCCUCAGCCUCGUCCCAUGGGAGCCCCGUGCCCCUGCCCUCUGACCUCUCCUUCCGCUCCCCUACCCCCAGCAACCUGCCUAUGGUGCAGCUGUGGGCCGCUCAUGCCCAUGAAGGCUUCUCCCAUCUGCCCAGCGGGCUGUACCCAUCCUACCUCCACCUGAACCACCUGGAGCCCCCCAGCAGCGGGAGCCCCCUCCUCAGCCAGCUGGGCCAGCCCAGCAUUUUCGAUACCCAGAAAGACUCUCUCUUUCCCCCAGACGGCUUCUACCUGCCCGCCCCGGGGGCUCCGGGCGCCCUGCACUCUCACGCGCCCUCCUCCAGGACCCCGGGCGGCCACUCCUCCAGCGCCCCGGCCAAAGGCUCUUCGCGGGAAGGUCCAGCCAAGGAGCGGGCGGGCCGCGGCGGGGAGCCGCUCCCGCUGUUCGGCAAGAAGGACCCGAGGGCCCGCGAGGAGGCUGCGGGGCCGCGCGGCGUGGUGGACCUGACCCAGGAGGCGCGGGCGGAGGGCCGCCAGGACCGCGGGCCCCCGCGCCUCGCCGAGCGCCUGUCGCCCUUCCUGGCCGAACUGGGGCCGCCGCGCGGGCCGGGCGCCGCCGCCGAGUGCAAGGGCAAGAACCCGCCGCCGCCGCCGCCGCCGCCGCCGCCACCGCCGGCGCUGAGCCUCUGCAACGGCGCGGGCGACGCCGGGCUCCCCGCGCUGGUGGCCAAGGAGGCGGCGCGCCAGGACGAGAGCCCGGGCCGCGAGCACCGCGUGGUGGCGCCCACUUUCGUGCCUUCCGUGGAGGCCUUCGACGAGCGCCCGGGGCCCAUCCAGAUCGCGUCGCAGGCGCGCGACGCCCGGGCCCGGGAGCGCGAGGCGGGCAGACCCGGCGUCCUGCAGGCGCCGCCCGGGUCCCCGCGGCCGCCCCCCGACCGGCCCGAGGCGCUCCGCGAGAAGAACUCGGUCAUCCGCUCGCUCAAGCGGCCGCCGCCCGCGGAGGCCCCGCCGGCGCGGGCCGCGCGCGCCUCCCCGGACGCCAGGGCCUACCUCCCCGCCAAGGAACUGCUCAAGCCCGAGGCCGAGCCGCGGGCCUGCGAGCGCGUCCCCCGCGGGCCCGCCGCCGCCCCUCAGCAGGCCGCCAAGCUCUUCGGCCUGGAGCCCGCGCGGCCGCCCCCGCCCGCCGGCCCUGAGCCCAAGUGGAAGCCUUUCGAGCUGGGCAACUUCGCCACCACGCAGAUGGCCGUGCUGGCCGCGCAGCACCACCACGCCAGCCGCGCCGAGGAGGAGGCGGCCGCCUCCAAGAAGGCCUACCUGGACCCCGGGGGCGCGCUGCCCCGCGCCGCGGCCGCCUGCGCCAGGCCGGGCGCCGACGUGCACGCCGCGGCCCACGGGCCCGGGGAGGCCUCGGCCAUGCAGAGCCUCAUCAAGUACAGCGGCAGCUUCACCCGUGAGGCCGUGGCCGUGCGCCCUGGCGGCUGCGGCAAGAAGAGCCCCUUUGGAGGCCUGGGCACCAUGAAACCCGAGCCUGCCCCCACCACCGCGGGUGCCCCGCGCGCGCAGGCCCGCCUGCCACACCCGGGGGGUCCUGCGGCCGGUGGAGGCCGGCAGCUGAAGCGGGACCCGGAGAGGCCCGAGAGCGCCAAGGCUUUCGGGCGCGAGGGCUCUGGUGCCCAGGGAGAGGCAGAGGUGCGACACCCGCCCGUGGGCAUUGCGGUGGCCGUGGCCCGGCAGAAGGACAGUGGCGGCAGUGGCCGGCUGGGGCCUGGGCUGGCAGACCAGGAGCGCUCCCUGUCGCUGAGCAACGUCAAAGGGCACAGCCGAGCCGAUGGUGACUGUGGGGACGAGAGGACCAGGCACCGGGAGGAGCGGCUGUUGGGGGCGCGGCUGGACCGAGACCAGGAGAAGCUGCUCAGAGAAAGUAAGGAGCUGGCUGACCUGGCCCGCUUGCACCCCACCAGCUGCGCUGCUAACGGCCUGAACCCCAAUCUCAUGGUGACUGGUGGCCCAUCACUGGCAGGCUCCGGGCGCUGGUCUGCCGACCCCGCAGCCCACCUGGCCACUCACCCCUGGCUGCCCCGCUCGGGCAGCACGUCCAUGUGGCUCGCUGGACACCCCUAUGGCUUGGGCCCACCACCUCUGCACCAGGGCAUGGCACCUGCCUUCCCGCCUGGCCUGGGGGGCUCCCUGCCGUCGGCCUACCAGUUCGUGAGGGACCCCCAGUCGGGGCAGCUGGUGGUCAUUCCCAGCGAUCACCUGCCUCACUUUGCGGAGCUGAUGGAGCGGGCCACGGCGCCGCCGCUCUGGGCCGCCCUGUACCCGCCGGGCCGCGGCCCCCUGCACCACGCCCAGCAGCUGCAGCUCUUCUCCCAGCAGCGCUUCCUCCGGCAGCAGGAGCUCCUGUACUUGCAGCAGCAGGCGGCCCAGGCCCUGGAGCUGCAGAGGAGCGCCCAGCUCGUGCAGGAGCGGCUGAAGGCCCAGGAACAUCGGGUGGAGAUGGAGGAGAAGGUGAGCAAGCGGAGCCUGGAGGCUGCAGGCAAGGCCGGCCUGGCUGCCGCGGGCCCUGGGCUGCUGCCUCGGAAGCCCCCCGGCCUGGCUGCCGGCCCUACGGGCGCCUAUGGCAAGGCCAUGAGCCCGCCGCCAUCUCCCCGCGCUUCCCCUGUGGCUGCCCUGAAGGCCAAAGUCAUCCAGAAACUGGAGGAUGUAUCCAAGGCGCCCACGUACGCCUACCCCGCCACGCCCAGCUCCCACCCCAGCAGCCCGCCGCCUGCCUCCCCGCCGCCCACUGCUGGCAUCACCCGCAAGGAGGAAGCACCCGAGAACGUCGUGGAGAAGAAGGACUUGGAGCUGGAGAAGGAAGCCCCCAGCCCCUUCCAGGCCUUGUUCUCGGAUAUCCCACCCAGGUACCCGUUUCAAGCCCUGCCGCCGCACUACGGGAGGCCCUACCCGUUCCUGCUGCAACCCACAGCGGCCGCCGACGCCGAUGGCCUGGCCCCCGAUGUGCCACUGCCGGCCGACGGGCCCGAGCGCCUGGCGCUCUCGCCUGAAGACAAGCCCAUCUGCUUGUCCCCCUCCAAGAUCCCGGAGCCUCUGCGAGAGGGCCCAGACCAAGAGCCACUGGCAGAACGGGAGGUGAAGGCCGAGGUGGAGGACAUGGACGAAGGGCCCGCCGAGCUGCCUUCCUUGGAGUCGCCUCUGACACUGCCCCCCGAGGAGGCCCUGGCAGCCCCAAGCCCCGCGGCUGGCUGUGGAGGCGGUCUGCUGGAGGCCCAGGCGCUGAGCGCCGCUGGGCAGGGGGCCGUGGAGCCCCCCGGGGGCCCGGACUUCGCGGAGGGGGCCGAAGCGCGGGUCGAUUCACCGGGCCGGACAGAACCGUGCACGGCUGCCCCGGACCUGGGGGCGCGGCUGACGCCAGAGACCCUGGUCGAGGCCAAGGAGGAGCCCGUGGAGGUGCCCGUCGAUAUGCCCAUGGCCGUGCCCGUGGCGGAGGCGGUGCCCGAGGAGGGCCUAGCCCAGGCGGCCCCGAGCGAGCCCCGGGCCGGCCUGGAGUUGGCAGACUGUGACGUGGCUGCUGGGGAGGGAGAAUGCCUGAGUCUGGAGGCCCAGGAGGCCUCAACUGUGCCCAGUGGCCCCUGCUUCCUGGAGGAGGAAGGCUCCGACCAGUUUCCGCCUGGCCUGGAGGACCCGUUGGCUGGCAUGAACGCCCUGGCGGCGGCUGCGGAGCUGCCCCAGGCCAGGCCCCUGCCGUCCCCGGGCACCGGAGCCCAGGCCCUGGAGAAGCUGGAGGUGGCGCAGAGCCUGGUCCUGGAGCAGAGCUUCUUGCACGGCAUCACCCUGCUGAGCGAAAUCGCCGAGCUGGAGCUGGAAAAGAGGAGCCAGGAGGUGGGAGGUGCAGAGCGGGGCCUGGCGGUGCGGCCCUCGCUGGAGAGCCUGCUGGCAGCCAGCAGCCACAUGCUGAAGGAGGUAUUGGACAGCCCCUUCGUGGACCCGCUCAAGAACCUGCGGCUUCCGCGGGAGCUGAACCCCAACAAGAAGUAUAGCUGGAUGCAGAAGAAGGAGGAGCGGUUGUAUGCCAUGAAGUCCUCCUUGGAAAGCAUGGAUGCCAUGGAGCUGGACUUCCGGAUGCGGCUGGCCGAGGUCCAGCGGCGGUACAAGGAGAAGCAGCGAGAGCUGGUGAAGCUGCAGAGACGCCGCGACUCCGAGGACAGGCGCGAGGAACCCCAUAGAAGCUUGGCACGCAGAGGCCCUGGCAGGCCGAGGAAACGGACCCACGCCCUGAGCGCCCUGUCGCCCCCCCGCAAGAGAGGGAAGAGCCGCAACAGUAGCGGAAAGCUGAGCAGCAAGCCCCUGCUGACGUCGGAGGAGUACGAGCUUGGAGCAGGGAUGAGGAAGAGACACAAGGGACCUGAGGAGGAACACGAUGCCCUCGUUGGAACGGGGAAAGCGAGGGGCAGGAACCAGCCUUGGGACGAGCACGAAGCCUCAUCGGACUUCAUGAGUCAGCUGAAGAUUAAGAAGAAGAAGAUGGCCAGUGACCAGGAGCAGCUGGCCAGCAAGCUGGACAAGGCCCUGUCCCUCACGAAGCAGGACAAGCUCAAGUCGCCCUUCAAGUUCUCGGACAGUUCUGGGGGGAAGUCAAAAGCGAGCGGGGGCUGCGGCAGGUACCUGACGCCCUACGACAGCCUGCUGGGCAAGGACAGGAAGGCGCUGGCCAAAGGCCUCAGCCUGUCCCUCAAAGCCUCCAGAGAAGGUAAACACAAAAGGGCCGCCAAAGCCAGGAAGAUGGAGGUGGGCUUCAAGGCCAGAGGCCAGCCCAAGUCGGCCCACUCCCCGUUCGCCUCGGAAGUGAGCAGCUACUCCUACAAUACGGACUCAGAGGAAGACGAAGAAUUCCUGAAGGACGAGUGGUCUGCCCAAGGCCCGUCCGGCUCCAAACUGACGUCUUCCAUCCUGUGUGGCAUGGUGGCAAAGAAUGGCAAGCCGGCUGGAGGCCCCAAGCUGAGCAAGAGGGGCCUGGCGGCCGCCCGGACUCUGAAACCCAAGCCGGCCGCGGGCAGGAAGCAGCCCUUUUGUUUGCUGCUUCAAGAGGUCGAGGCCCGUUCCUCCUUCAGCGAUUCUUCGGAGGACUCGUUUGACCAAGAUGAGAGCUCCGAGGAGGAGGACGAGGAGGAUGAGCUGGAGGAGGAGGACGAGGCUGCCGGCGGCUAUAGGCUGGGGGCCCGGGAGCGGGCCCUGUCGCCAGGCCUGGAGGAGAGUGGGCUGGGCCUGCUGGCCCGCUUUGCAGCCAGCGCCCUCCCCAGCCCCACAGUGGGGCCGUCCCUAUCAGUGGUGCAGCUGGAGGCCAAGCAGAAGGCCCGGAAGAAGGAAGAGCGGCAGAACCUGAUGGGCACGGAGUUUGAGUACACCGACUCGGAGAGUGAGGUCAAGGUGCGGAAGCGGUCGCCUGCCGGGCUGCUGCGGCCCAAGAAGGGACUGGGGGAGCCAGGCCCCUCCCUGGCCUCACCUGCGCCCAGCGCCCGGGGCCCCGGCCCCACCAGCCCUGAGAAGGCCAAGCUGGCGGCAGAGAAAGGGCGCAAGGCCCGCAAGCUGCGGGGUGCCAAGGAGCCCGGCUUCGAGGCAGGGCCCGAGGCCAGCGACGACGACCUGUGGACGCGGCGGCGUAGCGAGCGCAUCUUCCUGCACGACGCCUCGGCCGCCGCCCCCCCAGCCCCCAGCAGCACUGCCCCCGCUGCUGCCAAGCCCAGCCGCUGCGGCAAGGGUGGCCCGCUGAGCCCUCGCAAGGACACCGGCCGUGCCAAGGACAGGAAGGACCCCAGGAAGAAGAAGAAGGGGAAGGAGGCCGGCUCAGGGGCUGCACUGCCCCCGCCCCGUGUUGCCGCCCUGCCCCCCGAGGCCCGGGCUCCCCAUACCAGCUCCCCGGCCACUGCCAAGAGGAGCAAGGCCAAGGCCAAAGGGAAGGAGGUGAAGAAGGAGAAUCGGGGGAAGGGGGGAGCCGUGAGCAAGCUGAUGGAGAGCAUGGCUGCCGAGGAGGACUUCGAGCCCAACCAGGACUCGAGCUUCUCUGAGGAUGAGCACCUGCCUCGCGGCGGGGCCGUGGAGCGGCCGCUGACUCCAGCUCCGCGCUCCUGCAUCAUCGACAAGGACGAACUGAAGGACGGCCUGCGUGUGCUCAUCCCCAUGGACGACAAGCUGCUGUACGCCGGGCACGUGCAGACGGUGCACUCACCGGACAUAUACCGUGUGGUGGUGGAGGGCGAACGCGGGAACCGGCCCCACAUCUACUGUCUGGAGCAGCUGCUGCAGGAGGCGAUCAACGACGUGAGGCCGGCCUCCACCCGCUUCUUGCCGCAGGGGACCAGAAUCGCGGCCUACUGGAGUCAGCAGUACCGCUGCCUGUAUCCGGGCACCGUGGUCCGAGGCUUGCUCGGCCUCGAGGAUGACGGGGACCUGAUCACUGUGGAGUUCGAUGACGGGGACACGGGGAGGAUCCCUCUCUCCCACAUCCGCCUUCUGCCUCCUGACUAUAAGAUCCAGUGUGCGGAGCCAUCCCCAGCCCUCCUGGUGCCAAGUGCCAAGCGCCGCAGCCGGAAGACCAGCAAAGACACCGGGGACAGCAAAGAUGGGGGCACGCCAGGGUCUGAGGAGCCCAGCUCUAAGGCACGAGGGCGUGGGCGGAAACCCAGCACCAAAGCCAAGAGUGAUAGAGCUGCUGUCCUGGAGGAGGGGGGCCCAACAGAGGAGGUCCCCAGUACCCCGUUGGCCCUGGAGCCGAUCAGCACCCCGAGUUCCAAGAAGAGCCCCCCAGAACCCGUGGACAAGCGGGCCAAAGCCCCCAAGGCUCGGCCAGCGCCCCCACAGCCCAGCCCGGCGCCGUCCACCUUCACCAGCUGCCCGGCUCCUGAGCCCUUUGGCGAGCUGCCGGCCCCCGCCGCGGUCCUGGCCCCCGCCCCCCUUGUCUCCAUGCCCAUCACCAUGCCCGCCACCCGGCCCAAGCCCAAGAAGGCCCGGGCUGCCGAAGAGGCGGCCCCCAAGGGCCCCCGGAGGCCUGGGGAGGAGGCCGAGCUGCUCGUCAAGCUGGACCACGAGGGCGUGACGUCGCCCAAAAGCAAGAAGGCCAAAGAGGCCCUGCUUCUGCGGGAGGACCCGGGGGCUGGGGGCUGGCAGGAGCCCAAGGGCCUCCUGGGCCUGGGCAGCUACCCCCCGGCGGCGGGCGGCGGCGGCGGUGAGCCCAAGGCCGCCCGGCCCAAGGCUGCGGAUGGCGACCUGGCCCAGGAGCCCGGGGGCGGGCUCGAGUUCGAGGACUCGGGCAACCCGAAGAGCCCGGACAAGGGCCAGGCGGAGCAGGACGGGGCCGAGGAGUCGGAGAGCGGUGGCAGCAGCAGCGAGAGCGGUGGCAGCGGCAGCAGCUCCGAGACCGAGGGGGAGGAGGAGGGCCAGGGCGGCGGCCGGAACUGCAGCGCCUCCAGCUCCAGGGCGUCCUCGUCCUCGUCCUCGUCCUCCUCGUCCUCGUCCUCGUCUUCCUCAUCCUCCUCCUCCUCAUCCUCGUCCUCGUCCUCCUCCUCGUCCUCGUCCUCCUCGUCCUCGUCCUCCUCGUCUUCGUCCUCCUCCUCGUCCUCGUCCUCCUCCUCGUCCUCCUCGUCCUCCUCCUCAUCCUCUUCCACUACCGACGAUUCUUCCUGCAGCUCCGAUGAGGAGGCCGCGCCCGCCCCCGCGGCCGGCCCCUCCGCCCCCCCGGCCCUCCCGAGCAAGGCGCCCAAGCCGGCGGGCAAGGCUCGCUCCGCGGCCCACCCCCCGGGCAAGAAGGCGCCGGCGCCCCCGCCCCAGGCGCCCCCGCCGCAGCCCCCGCAGCCUCUGCCGCCCAAGGCUCAGGCCGGGGCCGGGGCCAAGAGCCGACCCAAGAAGAGAGAGGGCGUCCACCUGCCCACCACCAAGGAGCUGGCCAAGCGGCAGCGCCUGCCGUCUGUGGAGAACCGGCCCAAGAUCGCCGCCUUCCUGCCUGCCCGGCAGCUCUGGAAGUGGUUCGGCAAGCCCACCCAGCGCCGCGGCAUGAAGGGCAAGGCCCGCAAGCUCUUCUACAAGGCCAUCGUGCGCGGCAAGGAGAUGAUCCGCAUCGGGGACUGCGCCGUGUUCCUGUCGGCCGGCCGCCCCAACCUGCCCUACAUCGGCCGCAUCCAGAGCAUGUGGGAGUCGUGGGGCAGCAACAUGGUGGUCCGCGUCAAGUGGUUCUACCACCCUGAGGAGACCAGCCCGGGCAAGCGCCUCCACGAGGGCCAGCACUGGGACCAGAAGUCCGGCCGCAGCCUGCCCGCGGCCCUGCGGGCCUCCAGCCAGAGGAAGGACUUCAUGGAGCGCGCCCUCUACCAGUCUUCCCACGUGGACGAGAACGACGUGCAGACCGUGUCGCACAAGUGCCUGGUGGUGGGCCUGGAGCAGUACGAGCAGAUGCUCAAGACCAAGAAGUACCAGGACAGCGAGGGUCUGUACUACCUCGCGGGCACUUACGAGCCCACCACGGGCAUGAUCUUCUCCACCGACGGCGUGCCUGUGCUCUGCUGAGCGCCCAGCGCCCUGCCGGCCGCCUUGCGCCCCGAGGGCCAGCGGGGGCCCCUCGCCAUCACUGCCACGUCUCGGGGGCCACGUGCGUUGGUUGUGUGCAUGCAAGUGUGCCCUUGGACGCCCCGGCGUGCGUGUGUACACGUGUGUGCCUGUAUGCAUGCACCUGCGUGCACGCGUGUGCACACGUCCCCAGCCCCCUCCCAAACCCCCGGUGCCCCUCCAGACGGGGCUCCUCUCAGCUAUCAGGGUAUGGCUCUGCUGGGCCCCCCUCUGGGGCCUCCCCUCCAGCACCUUGUAAGCACUUGGCCGGGCCGGGCCCCCAGGACCCAGGCGCCUCCAGGCCGAGGCCGAGGCCCACCGGGGAUUCAGUGGGGAGGGGGUUCCCGAGGAACCAAACUGACACUCGCUCGGGGGUUCCCGCUGCUUGAGGGCCCUCCCCGGGGCUCCUAGUGCCCGAGCCCCCUCAGCACGGAGCCCCACCCCAAGCCUCCCGCCAUGAGACGGGGCGGGGUGGCCGGAUGGUUGCCCACCAGCCUCACCGACCAGGCCAGGCCUGCUCUGGGCACCGGCCGGGGGCCCGGCCUCUGCCCUCUCAGGACGGCCUGGACUCGGGCGCGAGAGCCAGGUGAGGGUGGAGCCCGGCAGCCUCGGCCAGGUGCCAGGCAGGGGGGCUGCAGGCCCUGAGGCCCCAGGGAGGGCCCACCCCUCCCAGUCCGGCCCCUACACUACACACAACCCCAAUGGUGCUGAAGUCCUUGACCCGCCAUGCCCGGCCCUCCCGCCCAGGCCUCGGCCCGCCCGGAGGCAGCGGCAGUUCUUAUAACCUGUAUAGUUUUAUUGUACCAAGAGACUCUUCCCCGCCCCUGUAUCAUAUGCCUUUAAAUGGAGUCAACUUUUUAAUUAUAUAUAUAAAGAUAAAUAUAUAUAAAUAUAUAUAAAUAUAAACUUUUUAAAACUGUGAAAAAAUAGCUAUGAAAUUAUAAAAAAAGCGAACACAUUCUGACGUGCAGAAUAUUUUUUAUUUCCUAUUAGAUUGUGAGUGUCUAGCACCCAGCUUCACGGGCCCCCCUCGUCCCGAGCACACCCUGCCCCCCCGCACCCCCGGCCCAGGUGUACUGUACUCGCCCCCAGAACGGAGAAGCAGUUAGGGAGAGCAGAGGCUGAGGAGGGGGACAGGGGGCCGGCCGGGCGCAGUGGCCCCGCUCCCCCGGCUCGGCCCCGAGAGCACUUACCAGCCCCCGCGCCUUCCAGGGGGACGGAGGCCUCGUCCAGACAAUCUUAAGGGAAGGAAAAGCCAGACUUUGGUUUUGUUUUUUGGGGGAAUUACUGUUUUCCUUUUUUUUUUUUUUAAGUUUCUUUUGGAAUUUUGUUUGU